CGACAACACGCCUGCAAACAGCUCCGUGUCUAUGGUCAAUCUUUGACAGCUCGCGCAUCUGGCGUUGUCGUAUUUAUACUCGGAUAAACAGAAGUUUCAUUAAGUUUUCGUAAAAUAAAAUCAUAAAUAGAAAACUCCUAAGUUACAAAAGAAGAUUAAAGCAAUCCUGUCGUGAGUGACAUUAGAGUAAAACUUGCCCUGUCCAGUCUGAAAAUUCCAUCGUCGAACAGGUGUCUCAAACGAAAUGUGUGCCAGUUCCCAGCGUAAUUAACUGACGAGGGGCGUGAAUAAUACAAAAGUGUAUCGAUCGACGUGAUAAUCGGGACCGGGGGUGACUAUUCCCUGGUUAAACCAAACCGACGGGCGCGCGCCCUUUGAUUGUGUACUGCGGGGGACGCUUGAGUCGCGGUCUGCAAGGCCGGCAAUGUCCUACCUGCGGUCCAACGCCAGCUAAGGACACGGGAGCAUCGUCCUGUCCGGCCGCAGGCUGGACGCACGCUAUGCGGGUGGCAGCGAGGUGAAGGCAGCCGUGGCUAGCAUGCCGCACCAGUACGGCGGGGCAGGCGCGGGCGCGCUGGCUGGCGGCGCGUCGCCGCCGGCGCAGCACGCGGCGCUGUUCCCGCGAUACGCCGGCGCAGCUGGCCCGGGCGCCGGCGCCUACCGCCCGGAGGAGCGCCGUCUCACAAGAGAGGCUAUGGAGCGCUACUUGCGCGAUCGCUCCGACAUGGUUGUCGUCAUUCUCCACGCUAAAGUUGCCCAGAAGUCCUAUGGAAAUGAGAAAAGGUUUUUCUGUCCUCCACCCUGCAUCUAUUUAUUUGGAGACGGGUGGCGGCUGCGGCGCGAGCGCAUGCUCCGAGAAGGGGAGACUGAGCAGGCAGCACAGCUCUGUGCCUUCAUAGGUAUUGGCAACUCGGACCAGGACAUGCAGCAGCUGGACCUCAACAACGGCAAGCAGUACUGUGCGGCUAAAACUUUGUACAUAUCUGACUCUGACAAGAGAAAGCAUUUUAUGCUCUCAGUGAAGAUGUUCUAUGGAAACGGUCAUGAUAUUGGUAUAUUCAAUAGUAAACGAAUUAAAGUGAUAUCUAAACCUUCCAAGAAGAAACAGUCAUUAAAGAAUGCUGACUUGUGUAUUGCCAGUGGGACAAAAGUAGCUCUGUUUAACAGGUUAAGGUCUCAGACUGUGUCCACUAGGUACCUGCAUGUUGAGAAUGGGAACUUCCAUGCAUCCUCUACGCAGUGGGGAGCCUUCACCAUUCACCUUCUGGAUGACAAUGAGAGUGAGUCAGAGGAGUUUGCUGUGAGAGAUGGAUAUGUCCACUAUGGGUCCACAGUGAAACUUGUAUGUUCAGUAACAGGCAUGGCACUUCCUAGGCUAAUAAUAAGAAAGGUUGACAAACAAAUGGCCUUACUAGAAGCUGAUGAUCCAGUAUCCCAGCUACACAAAUGUGCAUUUUACAUGAAGGAUACAGAAAGAAUGUACCUAUGUCUGUCACAAGAGCGCAUCAUACAGUUCCAAGCCACACCAUGCCCAAAGGAACCAAAUAAAGAAAUGAUCAAUGAUGGUGCCUGUUGGACAAUCAUAUCUACAGAUAAGGCAGAGUACCAGUUUUAUGAAGGAAUGGGUCCAGUGAGAUCACCAGUAACUCCAGUGCCUUUGGUCCACUCGUUGAACCUGAACGGUGGAGGUGAUGUGGCCAUGCUGGAGCUGGCGGGCGACAACUUCACGCCCUCGCUGCAGGUGUGGUUCGGCGACGUCGAGGCGGAGACCAUGUACAGAUGCGCGGAAUCCAUGCUGUGUGUCGUGCCAGACAUAUCGCAGUUCAGAGGCCAGUGGUUGUGGGUCCGACAACCUACGCAGGUACCAGUAUCGCUAGUCCGCAACGACGGCAUAAUAUACGCGACGGGUCUAACGUUCACGUACACGCCGGAGCCGGGCCCGCGGGCGCCGUGCGCGCCGGUGGACGACGUGAUGCGGCCCGACGCGGCCGCCGCCUGGCACCACGACGCGCACGCGCACCGCCUGCCCGACAACACCCUGCAAUAGCCCAUGGACUGCAGGCUGGACGACGACAGCCUGCAGUUAUAACCGGGACCGUUUUAACUCUGUUCAGUGACUCCAAAGAACGAAGCCUGUUUACAGCGGACUAGUGACUUUUCAGUCCAAAUCGAUGACUUUUGGUGAGUGAUUCAAAGACAUUUUGUAUUAGGUAAUUCGAUAGUGCCUAAUGUCUAUUCAUCAUAGCAUGAUCUCUAGCGAAGUUUUGUGCUACGGACCAAAUGGACAAGUGGAUAUUUUCGAAUAUAUUUUAAGUGGUUCAAGUGGUGGAGUACAGCCGUUAGCGGCGAUAAUACUUUAUUUUCGCAAUCUUGUCGCGACCAACGUCGCGGCCUGCUCAUUAAGGCGUUAUCUUCACGAUGGAGGAUGUACAAUAGAAAAUGUCCAGCUCAUUAAUUUGUGCAAUACUUAACAUUUUACUUUGGACUGAUCUUUGUGACAAGGAUGUUUUGUACCAAACCUCACUUGUGCAGGUAAAGCCCUCGUUCUCGGGUGUCAAAGAGCGUAUCAUUAUAAUAAUUUGAGAAUUACGUUUAAAAGAUCAUGUUAGGAUCUAUAGAUUAUAGAAAGCUUUAUUAAUGAUGAAGGUGCCAGUUCGCGAGUCGGUCGCUUUGCUUGAGAGCUUCGAACCGCAUGGCGCUAAACAAAACUAUGUGAACACGAUCGUCGUGUGCCUAAUUAUAUCUAAAGAAUAUGUUUGUAUCUACGAGAUUAUGACACCAAAACUACGAUUAAGGUUAAAAUUCAGCAAUAAAAGCAAGUUGUGACAACAGUAACAUAGAUGACGGGGUGAAGGGGUAACAUUGUGAUAUAACUCAAACCCAACUCUUUUUGUAUUUAGAAUAGAAUUCGGUCAACUGCACAUUAUGUAAAUAUUUUACAUAGUUCUUUUAAAUGUUUUUAUACAUGACCAAGGUUAUUAUAAGUAUAAUUUGACCGGUUUUCGUUUGUCUAAGUACGAAUAGAGCUGUGCCUGAAUGUCUAAUCAGUUUCACCCUGCGUUGUUAUAAAUUAUUCUUGUCUUUCACACGGUUAGCGGGUUGCAUGUGGGUUAACGCACCGACUGCUAUGAAAUCAAUAAAUGUGUUGUUGCAUCAUAAAAAACGUAAUAACUUUUUUGUUCCAAGUCUUUGCAAGUACAUUUAAUGUCGCUCAAUUAAAACGACUGUCGAAGUAAUGAAUAUCUUGGAAUACGUAAUCUCACCUAGUGCCAGUCCUACAUCUCGCUAACUCGUGUCUUGCACUUAAAACAUAUCUAUAUUUUAUUACCAGUUGGUAACUCCUAGUCCAUUAUUGUUUCACAAAAUUUCUUAAGCAAUUAUUCGCUUUUACAAGCGCUUAAACACAUCUGUUAAGAUUUUUCAAUAAUUGCCAACUGAGCUCAUAAAAAUAGGUAAUAUACAGGGAGGUAGUUCCUACUCCGGCAUUUACUAUACACCAAUAUUAAAAUAGUUCGUUCAUUGUCAUCGUCAUAAAAAGAGAUCUCUCUGCUCUUAGAUUUGUUUCUUUGGGGCCAAAUAGUUGUAAUAUCCAUGACAAGUCAUUGCGUUUAUACUAUAAUACUACUCUAAUUAAAGUUAAAUAAGCUUAAUACGUUUGGGGAAAGGAAAAUAACCUCUACGAGAUUGAUUUAAGAGUGAUUUAUUUGUAAUUGGUUUGUAUAAAAUAAGUAUCAUAGAAGUUUAUUGCAAUUGAGUUAGAGAAGAGCCAAAUAAGUCCUUUUAUAUGUCGAAUACUUGAUAUAGUAUAUGUCUCUUUAUUACUUUAGUGUUAUGUACCUACUGUUAUAUUUGCUUCUGUAAUUGCGAGUCAAUCAGUCUCAAUAUAUGCACAAUUUAUCUAAUCACUUCACUUUGUUGAUGAUAAUUAUUAAAUCAAAUUAAAGACACGUAGUGUUGUCACUGUACGUAUGUAUAUUUACGGAGAUUUUAAACGAACAAUACAUGUAGUUUAGUAGCUAGCGUUAGUCCCUAAAUCAGUGCUAGUUCUACACAUCGAAAGCGGCGCGACUCUCGUACGACUUUUGUACGCAGACUCUAAAAUACGAUUUACUGCACACACAACGUCGCAAUCGAUGUGCGGACAUCCUUGUAAGUAAAUAAUGAAAGCUGAAAUUAUAAAUUUUAAAAUUUUAUUUAUUUCUAUUCCAAUAUAAUUUUUUAGAAAAUGUAUGGUUUUAAAAACGGAUUUGAUGUGUAUUUUUAAUAAAACGUGUGAUUUCGAACAUUCCAUGUGGAAAGUGUAAUAAGAAGUACAAAAAAUAUCAAUAUUUUUGUAGCAAAACGUUGAAUUACGAUAUAAUCUUAUGGAAUUGGUAAAGUUACAGUAUUACAAGGAAAUUAGUAUUAAACGCGAUGAAUGAAUAGACAGUAAUAAAAUAAUGUCGUCAAUUUUUUGUAAAACGAUAAGCAAAUGAUUGUUCAUUUUAAAACUGUUUACUCCUUUUUAUCAUUUUACAUUUGGUAUUUCUAUAUUUGGAAAUGGUCAUAUUAUAGUGGUUACUGCUCGGACGCGGCGCUGUUCACAGUGUGCCGACCAGUACAACCAGUACCACGCGCUAACCAUAGUCGGAGCAGUGAUUCUGAAAUAUGAGUAAAUAUUUUUUAAUAAAAUUGAAUAUAAAUAA